ACCGCAGUAGCCCGGGCGCAGCUCCGCCAAGAGCUGGCCGCCGCCGAGUGGCUCUGGUGUGGCUCUGGUGUGGCCCUGGUGUGGCUCUGGUGUGGCCCUGUGUGGCCCCGACCGCCGCGACGCCGCCCUCAGAGGCGCGGGGAGAUGCGGCGAUGAGGCAGUAGCAGACAGCCGGGAGAGCAGCGCCGUCCUAGGCGCCAUGAGGCAGCAUCAAUCAUCCUCCGCAGUGGCGUUGUUCUCGGCGGCGGUUGUGCUGCUGUGUCCGGCCACCAUCUUGGCGGGGAAGAUAGUGUUCCCGGAAGCUAACGACCUGCCGGUGUUGGCGGAUGACGGCGCAGCGGCGGCGCCGGAGGAGCAGCCCCCCGCCGCGCCCCCCUCGCCCUGCGUGUGGGCCAUCCUGGCCUGCUGCUCGCCGGGCCGGCCUGGCGUGAGGCCGCGCUGCUUCGAGCUGCUGGGCUGCGGCGGCGACUUCUGGGACGACGGCCCGUGCAGCGCCCAGCUGGUGGCCGCCGCCGUGCGCGCCGCCGCCCGCUUCUUCCGCCCCCCGCGCUAGCCGCCUGCCGCCGCCGCCCGCCGACACCUCGCCGAGAGCAGGGAUGGCCCCCGCCAGGAGCGCGGGAGCAGGGUAAGGGGGAAGGAGGGGGCGCUGCCGCGACGGUUUCGCGGUUACUGAACCCCCCUCCCCCCCUCUGUUUUAAUCCAAGAUAGGGCGCCAUUUUCAAGUCUGGCCAGGGGCGCCAGUCACCUUAGCUACGCCACUGACACUUGUACGUCAGAGUUCACGAUAUCGUGGAAUCUUCGACACAACCGCGGCUUAUACGAUACCGCGUGGACUCUUCCAAGGACGACGACUCCUCGAUCUUCGUAGGCGCAUGGCGUCGACAGUCUCAGCUCGGCGUCACGAUAUUGAAUUAAAACCUCUUAUAUUACGCAUGGA